CAAGCAAACGGAGAGCAGGGCUGGGUCUACCGAGACAAGGACCCUCCACCGGGUUACUCCGGCGAGAACCCACAGUCGACCUUCAAGGCCUACCUUCGUGACUUGGAACUUUGGCAGGCGGCCACGGACGUGCCAGCAGAGAAGCAAGGCUUGAAGUUGGUUCAGGUUCUGUCCGGUGCUGCCAAGUCGGCUGUGGAGGUCCUGACGGUGGACGAGAUCAAGGGCGCCGACGGCUUCGCCAAUGUGGUCAAGAAGCUUAAGGCGGCAUUCGCUCCUUUCGUCGAGACGGCUCUGCCAAGGGCCUUGGAGUCAGCCCUGUAUGGGCAGCCGUGCUCCCACAAGGAGACCCUGACGGAGUACCUCAUCCGCUUUCAGAAAGGGCAGGCCCAGCUCCAGGAUGAGGGCGUCACGCUGCCUACCAAAGCUUCCGGCUACUUGCUGUACCGCCAGGCGAAUCUGGACCACGAGAUGGACUCACGCCUGACUACUUGGUUGGCAGGCGACUUCUCCUUGGACAACGUGACCGCCAACCUUCGUCGCUUGGAGCGCGUGGUCACGGAGGGCGGCAAGAAGGCCUUUUGGACCGACUUUCCCGAAGGAGCGGAAGACCAGCCAGAAGAGUUGAGCGCAGAGCCCUGCGUGACGCUCUUUGACGAGAGCGGAUGGCCGGACGACUUGGAGGACGAUGACCCCAACUUUGUGUACCUGAACGAGGGCGACUUGGACGAGGUCCUGGACGAGGACGAGGUGGCGGAAGCUUUGGCUACCUACCAGCAGGUGCGCCAGCAGAUCAAGGACACCCGUCUGGGACGACAGUUCUAUCGCCCGCCUGCACUGUCGGGGAAGUCCCGCGAGAAAGGGGCAGGCAAAGGCCAGGCUGGAAGGGCAAGUCCAAGCCCAGCAAAGGAUCUGGAGGAAAGCCUUCCUCCGGACCAACGCCGCGGAAGGUUCGGCAUCAGCUUCUUCGUCGUCGGCGGCUCCGAGUUCCCAGCGUACCUCCUUCUACUGGCGGACGGGUCCCGACCAGAGCUCUUCAUCGGUUCCGGGCUUUCCAGCUUCAUUGGGGUUGCUUUAGAAGAUCACCAGGGCUUGGUGGACACUGCAGCGCAAGAGGGGCUCGUCGGCAAGAAUGCCUUGUUGAAGUACUUAGGUGCACUUCGGCCUCUCGGCCUUCGAGGGCACUGGGUAGACAAGCCAGCUAGUGCACGGGGAAUUGGGGGCAAUGCUUCGGUUGUGGGCGUGUGCGAGCUUCCAGUCGGUUUGGCGGGGGUUCCCGGAGUUUUGGAGGUCACAGUCGUAGCAGAAGACGUCCCUUUGCUGAUCCCCAUUUCUUUGUUGAAGGCCUUGGGUGCGGUGAUCAAUAUUCCCAAAAGUACCAUCCAGCUUCUCCACGUGCAAGCCGAUACGGAUGGCAGUUCCCUGAAGCUUGCAAAGCAGUUCGUCAAGAACGAGAUUUUCGAACGAGCUCUCAGCAAGUGUCUGUGCAGAAGCGCUGUGGCCCAAGCCUUAUGCGACCUCACGCCCCCCUUAGCUUGUUCGGACAUGCUUGCGUCCCAAGUGCUUCGUGCGGAGCAGCGCCCGGCAAAGGCAGCGCCAGCUCGGGCAACCCGGCCAGAACAUCGAGGAAGAGCCGCACUCAAAGCUUGGCGCAUCGUGUUGGACAAGCUCUACUGUGUCUUGCAGUGGGGCCGCUAUCAAACGGCCAUCUCGGCCUGGAUGUGUGUUUCGGCGACCAAUUUGGAGGUAAGCCCGGCAAGCACUACCACAACGCGCUCGGGGACCACCUUGGCGGCGACCUCCAAGGCCAACUUCUACAAGAACUACCUGGAGAAGAACCCCGAGCAGCUCACCAGAGUGAAAGGUCUUCCGAUCAAGCCUUCCGAGGAAUGCCUCCACGAAGCACAAUACCUCAAAGGCGGGGGCAAUGGACACAUGAAUUGGGUUCACUGCAGUCAAUGCCUGAGCCCCUGGAAGCUGUCCCCGAGAUCUGCUUCGAUAGUCAUUGGGAGGGCCCUGGUGGAGACCACCGCGAGCUCGACACCUGCCUCGGCCAAAGCCAAGGCCAAGCCAGCGCCAGCGCCGACGCCAGCAACUUCGAGCAGUGCGGACACGGGCAAGGAGGAGAAGUACCAAGCAGUGAUAGCAGGUCAGAAGAAGGACUUGGACCAGCUUCGAGCUCAGCUGGAGCUCCUCCAAGGAGACGCGGAUCCAGUGGACCCAAGCCUCGGAGUCGCUGAAAGUGGAUCGUCCCAGAUCCUUGCCUACUACCAGGCUGUGCUGCAGCAAGCAGAGGUCCCAGAUAGCCACUCUUCUGUUGCGCAGCUGAACCGGGAGACCGUGGAGCAGAGAGAUCCCAGCAGCACUCGCGUCUUGAAGCCCGCCACUCCGGCCACCUUUGGAAGAUGGCUGCGAGGCAGUGCCAUGGGAGUUGAGGAGUUUAUUGUUUUGAAGAGAGACGGAGAAUUCGUUCGGCGGGACCGCGCCGAUUUUGACAGCCCCACUGCCUUUGUGCCGGGGAUCUUCCAUGUCAUCAAUGAGCCUCAGUUGUUUGUGCACGCCAAUUUUUCUGAGGAUGUGGAGAUUUUUCCGAACCAGGAGGAAGCGGGCAAGUCAAAGCACUGGACUUUCGGCAAGGCCAGGCCGCUAGAGUGGAAGCUAUGGGAGGAGGCCCCGGAGGCGAUGGUCAUGGCCCGAGUUGGCGCCGACAAACGCCGAGUAGAUCACGUUUGCAGAUUGGCACGGGCGCAGUGGGCCAGGGGCAAAGCUUUCUUCAUACAAGCCCCUGACCGAGUUGCCAGGACUCCAGCAUGGGAGCAGCUGAGGGCCAACUGCCUGAAAAGUUCAGCAGCGCAGCGUCUUUGGCGGAAGUCCCGCACUCUUACCAACGCCAAGGACUUUGUCAAGUACAAGCAUUCCUCGUCCCCAACUUCAGUGUCGGCCGAAACUUGGUGGCAGUCUCCCGUCGAGGACUUUCCCGAGUUCUACCCGGCGGAGGUGGACCCGGACGCCCUGGACUUGGACGAGAUACUAGACCAGGAUGCGAACGACGUCCCGGGAGACGGCGAGGAGGAGCUCGAGAAGAACAACAGUGCGCCACCAGUCAGGGAGCCGAGCGCCAAAGAACGAGAGGCAAUCCAAAAGCUUCACCAGAACUUGGAGCACCCCAGUGCGGCAUCUCUGGCUAGAACUUUGCGGAUUGGAGGAGCGCCCGAGCAUCUUUGGAAAUGGGUUAAGCGCUCCUUUCGCUGUCCUGCUUGCAGCUCCGGAGUUCUUCCGAAGCCGGCCCGGCCAGCAGCCAUACCCAAGAGUUACUCUCCGAAUGUGGUGGUGGCGGUUGACCUCUUGCAAAUGCCCACUUGGGAUGGGGAACAGAAUUCCUUGGGGAAUUUCGGGACAGAGCAAGCCAAUUCGGCAUUCAUACGAUCGGAGCCCGAGCACCUCACCAAAACGGCCGGUGUGAAAGGCACGGAGAUCUCGCAACUUACUUGCGAGAGGUCCGUGUCCCGGCGCUACAAAGACGGCGCCCUGGACCAGGAGGACGACGACUGGAAGAGCCUCAAGCCUGCGAAGAAAGCCACCGGCAAGUGGAAAGGCUUCACCGACUUCUACUUGACUAGGUCUGCCUUGAAGGCCUUGCGCAAGCACCAGCAGGUUCAGAAGAACGAGCGCUACAUGUACGAGGUCCUGCCGCCGCACUCCUUCGCAGCCAAGAAGACCAGCAGCGACGAAGUCAACGAGAGAGACAUUCCGGAGGAGGAAUGGCCCCAGUGGCACGUCGCAGACGCGGAGGAGUGGAGUAAGAUCGAGGGAUCGCCUGCUGUCAGGGUGUUAUCCUUGGCCGAGUCCUUGGAGACCCUCAAAAGGCUCGAGGCGACCCACGAGCUCAGCCGGGUGAUAGACAGCCGUAGCGUUCGGAGGUACAAGCCGUCGGAGCAGAUAGGCGAACCACCAAGCUUCAAAUCGAGGUGGUGCGUCAGGGGUGACCAGGACCCAGACGCAUGUGAACUCCAAGCCUAUUCGCCUACAGUGUGCACUCAAAAUUUGCAGGUCAUCCUCCAGUUGGCCGCAAGCCAUCGCAUGCCAGGCUCUUGCGGGGAUCUUAAAUCCGCAUUCAUGCAAAGUAACCCGCUCCAAAGGCCAGCCGGCAAGCUUUACGCCAGACAGCCUAAAGGCGGGUUGCCCGGCAUGGUCCCAGGGCAAAUCAUAGAUCUGGUGGCCGGAGUCUACGGACUGAUCGAUGGUCCGGCACAUUGGCGAGGCACUUUCAAGGAGUACAUCACGAGCAGCCUCCAGUACCGGCAGUCCCGCUUGGACCCGACCGUGUUCUCGCUGUCCUACGACAACAAGCUUGAGGGCCUGAUCAUCGUAGAGAUUGACGACAUUCUGUCGUUCGGCUACACAGAGCACGACCGGCGCCUUAGCAUGCUGCGAGAGAGGUUCAAGUUCGGAAAGUUCAAGUACCUCCAGGAGCUCCCAGAAGGCACCACCUUUAAUGGCAGGCGCAUUCGGCAGGCCAUGGAUGGCACCAUCUCCGUCGACAUGGGCAAGUAUGUGGAGGAGCGCAUGGCUCCAGUGUCGAUCGAGAGGGGAAGGCGAAGCCAUCCCGAGUCCCCAGCCACGGAGGACGAAAGGCAGAAAGCCCGAGGAGUCAUUGGCUCAAUUGCUUGGGCAGCCAAGGAAGGAAGGCCCGACUUGGCAGCUCCAGCAAGCAUCUUGGCAGCCCGAAUGAAGAACCUGAAGGUGAAGGACUUGCUGGAGAUCAACAAGGCCAUACAAAGUGCCAAAGGCAAAAGAGACCUCACCUUGCGGUACUUCCCGACACCGCCUGAAAGACUUGGAUGGGGCACCGUGACAGAUGCUUCUUGGGCUAACCACGAGGACGGCAGUUCGCAAGGGGCUGUGGCGAUCGUGGCGUUCGACAAGAGCCUCUUGGAAGGCGAGGUGGCGGCUUGCUCCAUCGUGUGGUGGAAAUCCGGGAAGCUGAGACGAAAGGUGACUUCGACCUUGGCAGCCGAGGCCCAGUCUUUGAACAAGGGCCUAGGAGAUCUCGUGUGGGCGCGCGCGAUCUAUGCCGAGCUGCUGGACCCGAACUUCGACUUGGCCGAGUUCAAGCAGAGCAUCAAGGCGCAGGCGGAACUAGUGUUGCAGAAGUCCGAUGCGGACAAGACGCUUCGAGAGUCACUGUCAGUGUCGGACGCGAAGUCUCUUUAUGACAACCUCAUGAAGGACGGCAACCAGCCUCAGGACAAGUUCACCGCUCUGGACGUUGCAAUAGCCCGCGAGCGCAUAGACGGCAUGGGGGUCCAAGUCAGAUGGGUCGAGCACCAGAGCAUGAUCGUGGAUGCUCUCACCAAGCUAGGGGCCAACCCUGCGACCCUCUUCGACGUCAUCGAGAAGAGCACGUUCCGACUCGUUGCUGAAGGAGAUCGCCUAGAAGAACGACUCCGACGUCGGGAGACAGGGCAGGUCAAACGUAGAUAG